UUGGAAUGAAAUAAUCAUUUGAUCAUCAAAAGAUUUAAUUUUUCAAUUAUUAUGAUAAAAAUUUUUCCUUCUUCAAUAUGGUUAAUUCGAACAUCAACAAUAAUAAUAAUAAUAAUAAUAAUGAUAAUGAUGAUCAUGGCACAAAAAACGAUAAUCAAACAAACAGUUCAAAGAUGAUGACAAAUGGCAAUAUUGAUAAUAAAAACGAUUGCUUUAUGGAUUCAUCUAAAACGACAUCAUUAUCGUCAUCAUCAUUAUCUGAUCAAAAAGUUGUUGACAAUAAAAACAUAACGAUUGAAUGGCCUUAUGAUGAAAAAGAUCUUUAUAAAAUAUCGUUAAACUUUUUCAAAGAAAACGAAGGUAAAGCUUUUCAUCCGUCAUAUGAUCAACGUAAUAUGCUGGUAGCGUUGACACUUCAGGAAAAACAUGGAAAAUUUAAUCAAGAAAAGGCCAUACCAUUAGGAGCGUUAGAUUUUGUCGGUCAUGAUAGAAGAAAUGCUUGGAUUUCUUUGAACACAAUGCCGGCAAAUGAAGCUCGACAACAAUUUUUCGAACUAUUGGACAAGUUAUGUCCAUUUUUUCGAUCAUAUUUGAUAGCUGUUAGGUGUGAUAUGGAAGAGAAAGAACGGAAACAAAAAGAAUUGGAAGAACUGAAACUCAGGAAACUGGAAGAGCUAGAAAAAUGUCGAGCUGAAGAAGAAGCUCGAGCCGAAGAGGUGGAAAAACAACAACAAAAUGAAAAACAAAAACUUGUGAUUAAAGAAUUGCUUAAUCGUCAAACUAUAAAUCAAUUUACCACAUACGCACAGCAACAAUACCCAGACAGUAUUGAAUUACAAGAACAGCUAGUGAAACAAUUACAAGAACAACAUUUUCAACAAUAUAUAGAACAAAUGACAAUGGAUCAGCAAGGACAAUCGAAUAAUAACCAUUAUUUACCAUCAUGCAAUGUCGAUACAUCCGAUGUCAAUAACGGAAAUCUUUUACAAUGUGAAAAUACUGGAACAAAUGUUGCCGAUAAUAUUGGCAAAUUAUCUUCUAACGGUGAUAACAAUAUAGAUGAGAUACAUUCAUCAUCAUCUAUGCAGAAUGAAAUAGAUCAAGAUGCUGAAGAAGAUGAAGAAUCUGAUGAUGAUGAUGAAAGUAUAUUGUCGCGGCAAGUAAGCAAUGCAUCUAUGUGGACUCGAAAAGAUUUGGUCGCUUUCAAGGAUUCGGUUCAAGCUGAAGGUGGCCAUGGUAUUAUAAAAGUUGGUCAUGGCGAGAUUGCUACGAUUCGUGUUCCAACACAUGAUGAUGGAAGCUGUAUAUUCUGGGAAUUCGCCACCGAUAAUUAUGAUAUUGGUUUUGGAUUAUUUUUUGAAUGGAAUUCUUCGCCUGAUAGUCAAGUUUCAGUUUAUUUCAGUGAAAGUGAAGAUGAUGAAGAAGAUGAACAAGAGCCUUCAACCACCGGACAUGAUAUUGAAAAAGGAACAAACCGUGUUCUUAAUUCACGUCCAUCAUCAUGUCGCCCUGGUGUUGAUCAUCCUCCAAUAAGUGCAAUCAUUCCAAUCUAUCGACGAGAUUCACACGAAGAAGUCUUUGCCGGCAAUCACGUUUAUCCUGGUAAAGGCGUCUAUCUUUUAAAAUUUGAUAAUUCUUAUUCACUUUGGCGUUCAAAAACACUAUAUUAUCGUGUAUAUUACACAAAAGAACCGUGA